ACACAGGCCUAUUGCCAAUAACCAGCCGCCAUUAUGGAUACAAAUCAACCGAGACCUGUAACUCCACAGCCUCCUCAAGGUGGUGGCAGCGGCGGCGGCGGCAGCGGUUUCUCUGCAAUUCUCACAGUCUUCUUAUCCUUCAUCGCCAUCUUUGCCAUGAUAGUGAUUCCUUCAUCAUCAACUAUUAGGAAUGGUUUUUCCAUUCUGCACCAAGUCCCAGAAGGCCAUGUUGGGGUUUACUGGAGAGGAGGUGCCCUUCUAAAGACGAUUACCGAUCCAGGUUUUCAUCUGAAGCUGCCUUUUAUAACCCAUUAUGAGCCUGUUCAAGUAACCCUUCAGACAGAUCAGGUGAGGGAUAUUCCUUGUGGUACCAAAGGAGGUGUAAUGAUUAACUUUGAGAAGAUAGAGGUUGUUAACCGGCUUCACAAGGACUAUGUGCAUGACACUCUGCUGAACUAUGGGGUGCAGUAUGACAAUACAUGGAUAUAUGACAAAAUUCAUCACGAGAUCAAUCAGUUUUGCAGCUCUCACUCUCUUCAGCAAGUCUACAUUGAUGUUUUUGAUCAAAUUGAUGAAAAGAUGAAAGAUGCUCUCCAGGGUGACUGCACACGUUAUGCUCCAGGAAUUGAAAUCAUUAGUGUUCGUGUUACAAAGCCAAAAAUCCCAGAAAGCAUAAGACGCAAUUUUGAACAGAUGGAAGAGGAACGCACUAAGGUCUUAAUUGCUAUUGAGAAACAGAGAGUUGUUGAGAAAGAGGCAGAGACAAAUAAGAAAAUGGCUAUCAGUGAAGCUGAGAAGGUAGCAAAUGUGAGCAAGAUCCUUAUGGAACAGAAGUUGAUGGAAAAGGAUAGUGUCAGGAAGCAGCAAGAAAUUGAGAACCAGAUAUACAUGGCUCGGCAAAAGAGUUUGGCCGAUGCAGAUUUCUACCGUUUACUGAAGGAAGCUGAAGCAAACAAGUUGAAGCUGACACCGCAAUUUCUUGAGCUUAAAUUCAUCGAGGCCAUAGCUGAUAAUACAAAAAUUUUCUUUGGGGAAAAGAUACCUAAUAUGUUUUUGGAUCAGAGGCUGCUUGGGAACUUCCUGCAACAGUUAUCUAGGAAUGUGUCUGAAGAGGAGAAAUCAACUGCUUAAUUUUUUUUAUCAACAUGUUGUGAUACCUAGGUGAUAUAGAAAGUAAAUGUUGGUUGAGGCCUUCAGAAGGUGUUUCAUUUGACACCUUUAUAGUUUUUUUUUUUUUUUUUGGAAUGGAAUGUAAAUGUUGGUUGAGGCUUUCAGAAGGUGUUUCAUUUAAACAAAAA